AUGUACUUCGGCCUGAGCCUCCUCAGCCUCUUCCUCCUACCUUUUGGAUUGGCAGCUGGUGGCUCAGUGUCGUCAGUCUCCUUGUCAGCCAUUGGUGCUGACGGCCAGGCUGUCACUACUGGAAAUCAGCUUCAAGCAAUCGACAUUUCCUUCACGACUGGUUCCAGCGGUACGAGCGAAGUGUACAUCGAGGUUCCUGCUGGGUUGAUCAGCGUGUCGGGAACAAGUAGCUUGGCGUUCACCUCCGUCAACCAAACGACAGUCACCUACACAACUACCACCCGGACAACGACUUUUGUCGAUGGCUCCGACGAUUCGGAUAAUGCGACGACGCAAACAACCACCACUACUCCGCCUGCCCGCCGCCUUCAGGCGCGAAGGUUGGCUGGUAAUUGCGAAGUCACAGGCGCCAGCAUCACUGGCACGACAAUGACCCUCAACGUCGAGGAUGGGGCGAACCCAGGAAGCCCAUGUCCCGCAGGGUCCACUGUUUCCACAAGCAUUACACAAGACUCUGGGGGAUCAGCUACUUUCAACAAUGCCCCCGCUGGCACGAUCAGCUUUACAGUGGCAACCAACACAGACACAAUUGUAGUUCCCGUUGCGCUCAGUCCAGAUGGCAGCGGUGGUUUCACCGUGUCCGUGGUCGGUGACCCCAUCACGUGGUAUGGUGGGAAGAAGAUCAAGUUUUGGUUUCCCAACUACAAGCUCAUGCCAAUGCUCAAAACGCCCGAGAUGACGAUUUGGGCAAGCACUUUCGAAGGCCCGACCGUGGACUACCAGUGGUUCGAGCGUUUCGUCGUUACAUCGUCAAACGGCAAUGAACUCGUCGACGUCAAAGUCCGGCACAUGCACCCGGGCAUGAACAGAAGCCACUUCCGUCGAGGUGACUUCAGGCAGUUAGACAUCCGCCUGCAGGGCUCCAAGCACCUGCGUUCCCAUGCUCAGAAGUUGUUUGCAUCCGCUGAUGGGAAGGUGAAGAUUGGCGUGGGUGCCCGGGCUUACAACCCUCCACGUGUGCACUUCUCACCCUUGGUGGAGUUUGUGAUGGUUGAGAGUGAAUCGAUAUCCUUCAUGGUCCAUGCUUCACAUGCUGGAGCAGAGUUUCCCACCGAUGUUGGCAAACAGGUCAAAUACACACACCUGGACUGGAUCAACCUGGACAUGAUUUCGGCCAAGAACUUUGGAGGCAUUCUUCCUCAGCUCUGGGGUGUCAUCCCACGCACGGCAGAGGUUGAGGAGAUGCUCAUCGCCCCCAGCAAGCGUGAAUCGGAGGUCGUAUGCAAAGAGCUCUCGUCUGAAAGUCGUGGCCACGUGUGCGGUCUGGCGAGUCAGUGA